AUGGAGCGGGAAGGAGAUGGGAAUCGCAGGCACCUGGCGGAGGCAGCAGCUCCAGACCCACUGAGGACGGGCAACCAAACCAAACAAGCAACGGCAUGGUUUUUUCCGUCUCAGGACGCGGAGCAAUGGGCUCGGGCUGCAGCGAGGAAAGAGUUUCCUUCGCUGCCGACCUCUCUCGAGGAGAUCUUCACCCACUGGAAGAAGGCUCCCCCAAACACCAAGAAGCGAAAGGCAGCUGAUGGGGCAGGAGCCGUUCUGGAGAAGAAGAUCCGCGUUCCGGACCCCGUGAGCAGCUCUGAAAGCUCGGAGGAGGAGGAAGGGACGGCGGCGAAAGCUGCGAAGGCUGCCACACCGGUUAUCCCCAACUCUGCAGUGAAGACAGAGAGCAGCGAGGAUGAAUCCUCCUCUUCAGACGACAGUGCUGUGGCUGGAAGGGGAGUCGAGUGUUUCCUGCAGGUGAAACCUGCUCUUGCAGGUGGCAAGGCUACGAACUCUGUGCAACACGCCACCCCCAACAAAGCCAGCACCCCUGCGGGUAGACCAGGGGCUGCAGCCACCAGUCGGAGCAAAGCCAACAAGCUAAAACCUGAUGUGCCAGCUGUUGCCUUGACUCCAGCCAAAGCUGGGCAGAAGAAAGCUGCUCCUGGUAAGCCAGGGCCCGCUGCAGCAACUCAGGCCAGAGGUGCCCAGAGCAAAGCAGCGGCAACAGCAAAAGCAACAGAGAGCUCCGAGACCAGCGACUCAUCGGAGAGUGAGGACGAGAAGCCAGGAGCACAGCUCCCAGCCCCCAAAAUAGAGCUGAAGCCGACCGCAGCGGAGGCAAAGAGCAGCGAGGCCUCCAGCGACGAGACAUCCUCUGAAGAGGAACACAAGCCCCCGGCUGCCCUGGUGAAACCAGCUGUGAAAGCAGCACAGACCAAUGCAACUCUGACGAAAAGCACACCCGUCACUCCAGCGUCAACCACAAAGAGCCCAGGGAAAGGGUCCGCCCUGUCUCUGCGGAAGCCUGCAGCUGUUGCAACAAGCCAGGCCAAAUCAGCAUCUGUGAAGCUCACGAGUCCCGCACAAGCUGCUGGGAGCGCAAAGCCGGAAGACACUUCAGAGAGCAGCGACACCUCUGAUAGCGAGCACGAGGAACCCACAUCCAUAGUGCAGACCAGAUCACCUGCAAAAUCUCUGCAGGCCAGCCUGACGCCGGCGAAAAGUGCGCCAGUGGCUCUGCUAUCCAGCAAGGCCACUCCAGUCCUGGCAAAGCAAACACCUAAACCAGCUGUACUAAACCAGGCCAAACCAGUGCCUGGGAAGAACAACACCCCUACAAAGGCUGCUGUGAGCACGAAGCCCCAAGAUAGUUCAGAGAGCAGCGAUGAUUCAGACAGCGAGGAUGAGGCUCCCCCUGUGCCGAUAAGCCAGAAGGCGGGCGGGGUCAAGAGGCUGCCAGCACCGCUCGCGUCCCCCAGCAAGCUCGGCCAGACUGUGAAAGCCGGGACUCCUGUGAGAGCCACUGGAAGCACCUUGACGGGCAAAGGCUCCGAGAGCGAGAGCAGCGGUUCGUCAGACAGCGAGGCGGAAGAGACCCCCGCGGCUCUGAAACAGCCUCUGAAAGGCAUAAUGAAGACGGGUGCUGCAGCACUGCCAACCAGUAGUAAGAAGGCCCAGCCUCCUGCAACACCUCUCCCGAAAGCCCAAGGGGCUGCAGAGAGCAGCGACGAUUCCAGCGAGGAGUCUGACUUGGAGGAAGACACGCUGACCUUGGCACAGAAACUGGUUCAGACAAAACCCAAACCAGCAGCGGCUGCCCUAGCAGCGAAGACGGCAAACACCGUGGCUGUGAAAGCCAGCACCUCUCGGAAAGGGGCAAACGCAGCGGCCCCCAGCCCUGUAAAGGCCGCUGUGACGCUCUACCAAGCAGCAGAGACCUCGAGCUCGGGUUCCUCGGAGAGCGAGGAGGAAGCGAAGGCCACGAGCCAGCCCCUUCUCCCCUCCUGCUUGAAGCCAGGGACUCCUUUCAGUAAAGCAGCCACCCCUGCCAAGAAGGGUCCUCAAGGAAACGCUGCCCCACCGAAGAGCACGUCCGCCAGGGGAAAAGGCCCUGUUGCAACCCCAGGAAAAGCGGUUCUCCCCACUGCAGACAAGGCCAAACCGAGCCCGGCUGGCCCCCCCGGGGCCAACAAAGGAAAGGAAAGCUCGGACAGCAGCGACUCCUCGGAGAGCGAGGAGGAGGAAACAGCCCAGCCGCUCCCAAAGCCUGGUAGGCGACGCUGCUCUGGGAAGCUUCGGGGAGUGCUUGGAGCAGGUUUGCCAUGCACCAAGCCAGCAGCCCCACCCCAGAAGCCGGGGAGGAUAAAUGAAGCCGAGAGCUCAUCCUCUGAGUCCAGCGAGGAUGAGGAGCAGCCUUCACAGUCCCUCCUAGCAGGGUAUCCCGGCCUGAUGAAAGCCACCGUGACUUCAGAAGUACAGAAGGCAGGGAAAGCGGUUGCGGCUGUGGCUCCAGCUCCAGCUGAUGCUCUUGGGAAGGCAGCCCAGGCUGACAUCUCCGCGAGCGAGAGCAGCAGCGACUCGGACACAGAUGUUGAGAAGACCCCGGCCCCACAGAAAGUGGGAGGAAAGCCGCUGUUGUCUUCUGGGCAAGAACCUAUCACGCCAAAGGUGGCUUCGGGCAAGGCAGCUGCAGCAGGGAAAGGGGGCCAUGGAGGUGCCGUUUUGAAACCCGCCCUUGCCAAGAAAGCCCUGGCAGCACCGCAAAACGACAGCGCUUUGAAGGGGACGCCAACAACCAUGUCCCCCUAUGCCCUGCUGUCUGUAUCCCCCUCGGAUGGGGAGAGCUCCAAAAGCGAGAGCGAAGACGAGGCUACCACAGCCGCCAAGGUCCCGGCUGGCCCAGCUUCAGGGGAGCCGGAGGGGAAGAAGACAGCGGGCAAACAGAAAGCCAAGGGGGCGCCAGGCAAGGCUCCGAACACACCCCAGAGUGGUGACAAGGAGAAUAAGAAACAGAAGAAACCCUCACUGAAGCGGAAGCUGGAAGCGGAGGAUGGAGGCCUUGGUGCCAUGGGUGCGCCCAAGGAGAAGAAGCGAAAGAAGCAGAGUGGCCUCGAACCACCCAAGAAGAAGAGCAAAAGGGCAGAUGGUGCCAAGAAGUCGCUGGGCAGCAAGGAGAAAAAGAAAUCCAGCAAAAGAAAAGAAGGCUGCAAAAGACAAGAAGAAGAAGAGCAAGAAGUCUUCUGGGCUGGAGCUAGGUGCAGAUGGCUCUUCUGUCCACAAGAAGAAGAAAAAGAAGAAGAAGAAAACCUCCGAGCCAGCGGGAUCCUUGUGAGGAGCGCUGCCCGCCCCGUGACUGCCGACGGUGAAUGAAUGGAGAAGCGUGGAAGUCGGAAAAGGGAAGCCCAGCAACAUGAAAACUGGUUUUUUUGGGGUUUUUUUUUUUUUUUUUAAUCCUUUAAACUUCUAAAUUGUAAUUUAUAAGGUCUUUUAACUGUGACUUGUAGAGCCGAGUGUUGCAACUCUGCCACCAACGCUUGGCUGGGGACAGAAGAAGAAAAGCUGGAUGUCUUUUGCCCCGUUCCCGAAGGCCCCCGUCAGCCAUUGCACUAUUCCCAGAGAAGGAAGCAGCCCUUGAGAAGGACGAGUAGCGCUUUCCCCUCGUGGAGGAGACUAUGGCUUCCCCUUGCUGAGAGGAUGAUGCAGCUGUCUUGCUCCCCUCCCUCCUCGCCCCAGAGCUCUAUUUUUCAGAGGCAACUUCCACUCCUUGUGCGAGGGCCACGUCUGUCUUUUUUGCUACCUACUGAAACAUGGUUCUUUUUUGGGUUCACUUUUUAUUACAACUAAAAACAAAAAUGAGAGUUCACUA